UUUCUAUUUUGCUCACGAGGACUAUGGAAGGAUUUCAAGAGCCUCAAACAGAAAGAACUUAUCCCAUAUCAACUAUUACAGAUAUUUCAGAAGACAAAGAGAAAACAGAUGUAUUAAGGGAGACUGGAAUAUCUAUGGAAAAGAACAGCGUCACAAAGAAAGCCACUCUUCCCCUUGACAAGUAUUUCGAAACUGAAAGCUUGCAGAAGGACUUGAAAGAUUUUGAACGAACAGAAGCACCUCAUAGGAAUGUUCAGAAUGAAACGAAAAGAAACAUAAAUACAACACAAGAAGAACAGGAUGAGGUUGCUAUUGACUCAGGGAACGAUUCCGAUAUUUCUUCGGAAGGUUCUGUAAUAUCAACAAGAAAACUAAGGAGACGUUAUAGAGCAUCUUCGCCACUAAUCAACUCACCACGAGAAGAAACCUUCAAGUAUAGAACACGGAGACGGGAACCUAGACAAAGGGGCUUUACGGACUCUGAUAGACCUUUGAAUAACCUUAACGAUGCUCUUCCUCCUAGACUUUCUCACACAUUUCUGCCUCAAGACCGACUGAACGACGCCUCCUCUGCCUCACUUCGAGAUAUAAAUCGUCUAAGAGCAAAGGUAAAAGUUGGACACUAUCGUCGAUAUCAGGGAGAAGUUAUUUAUAAAGGUCAUCAUUCAUAUGACUUGAUGCAACAAAUCAAGUUGGGAAUCCAACACAGCGUUGUAAGAAUAUCUCAAGUAGCCGAGAGGAAUCUUAUGAUGGAUGAUUUUAUAGUUGAACAGAAAACUACUUUUUCUCCCUUUGGUGGUGUAGAUACACCACCCCACAAUACGCCAAAGUUUACCUUUAAAGAUUACUUUCCUAUGGUUUUCCGAGACUUGAGACAACGGUUUGGUAUCAAUUCCGAGUUGUACUUACGUUCAGUUUGUGGUAGCGAAGCCCUGAGAGAACUUUCAACUCCUGGAAAAUCUGGUUCGCUGUUUUUUCACUCAUGGGACGAUCGUUUCAUUUUAAAAACCGUUCCUAAAGCUGAAACGAACACAUUAAAGAAAAUACUUCCACAGUAUUACUUUCACAUGAUGCAGAAUAAGGAAUCCCUUAUCACGAGGUUCUUUGGGUUGUAUAGAAUAACGACACACAAGAUUAAUGCUAGGCGGAGACAUAUUAGGAUUGUCGUUAUGAAUAAUUUUUUGCCUACACGUGUUCCAAUUCAUGAAAAAUAUGAUCUCAAAGGUUCAACUCUUGGAAGACAAGCAUCUCCGACGGAAUUGUUAAGUCCAUAUGUGACACUAAAAGAUCUCGAUUUUGUUCGGAACGGUCCAUUGCUUAUAGAUAAGACUCUCCGUGAGCGUCUAUUGAAUCAACUCGGCUAUGAUUUAUUAUUUCUUUCUUCCAUCAAUAUUAUGGACUAUUCAUUCCUCGUUGGAUUACAUAUUCCAAGUAGGGAAAGCCGGCCACCUGGACAAGGAUGGAACGUGACACCCUUAUCUUUAUCAGACGAUACUAGACAUGAGGGCGAACUUUCAUUUUCUAGCGCAAGAAUAGAACGCCCUAGUUUUUCCGAAAGAGUUGGAGGUUGGAUAGGAAAGAACAUGAAAGGAGAAAUCGUCCAUAUAUUUUUUGGUAUUAUUGAUAUUCUUGAUGAGUAUAGCCUGAGGAAGGAGUCUGAGCAUUUUCUAAAAACUCGUUUGUUGUGUGCAGGAAGUUUGUCUGUUUCUGUGUGUGAACCUUCUAUAUACGCUCAAAGGUUAAAAAAGUUCGUCAAGGAAGCGUUUCUCCCGAAGGAAGAAGGUUCUUCUACCGAGCAGUCACCUCGAGCUCUACAUGGAGCGGCCAGUUAUUCUCCCUUGUCGUCACCAAAGAGCCCACGUAGGAAAACCUCAACUAUUAGUAGAUCUGCUGCUGCUCAGGAACCAUAUGUAAUAAGUGAAGAAGCAGAAGAGACUAUGAUCGAAUGAAUACAAUAGUUCGUGACCUUUUUGAGUUUAUAUUUAAGAAACGCGUUGCCGAUUCGUCCAAAAAAUUUUGCCGUUUUUCUGGCGGAAUCCAGUGCUUGUUUCAUUUCGUAUUGAAAAGAUAAUUGCAUAUAAUUAGCACGACAUCGAAUUGCGUAUUCUUUCUCGUUGUUUUUUUGAAUAUUUUUAAGAAUUCUGUGAUGAAUACUUCUUGAGCGUAUAUCGAAAGUCGAAAAAGUGAUUUUAUUAUUUCAGGUUAUGAACUUUGCGUGGUCUUAGUAGUGAAUUGAUAUUCGUUGUACACGAGAAAAUCUUGGCUUCAUUUUUUCAAGAAGGGAAUUAUAAGUUUAGAUAGUGAAGGACUAUGCAAGUUGAAUAGCUUUGACGCAACGCUAUGGGUGGUAUUGGGUUUGACAUUGUUAUAGAAGGAGUCGUAUCGGAGUACUUUACUGAUAAAAAAAAGAGUCGAUCUUAUUCUGACGCGAGAAAUUUUCAUGUUUAUUUUCGUUCGGAAAGACAAAGAUUGAACAGAGUUUCCUAUGGCAAAACUCUGUAAGAAGCAGUCUCCAUUCGAAGACACUGAAUAAUUUUUCUUUUGUCAUUUUCUAAAGCUCGCGUUGUUCCACCAACUGUGUCUCAAAAACAAUAAACGAGCUCUUUUCUUU